AUGACGCAGAUCGCGCCGGACGCCGAGGCCACGGCCAGUCCUCCUAAGAGGGCUGGCGUCGACUAUUCCAAGUUCGAUGCCAUCGAAGAUUCCGACGACGAGAAGCCGUCAGCCAAACACUCUCCGGCUAAAAAAGCCAAUGAGAAUCCUCACUGUGGCAACUGCGCCAAGGAGAUUGUGAAACCGCUCCGGUGCGGCGUCUGUAAGAAGGCGGAGUACUGCUCGCAGCAGUGCCAGAGAGAGGAUUGGCAGUUCCACAAGCGGGUGUGCAAGAAGCCAGAGGAGCUCAAGCCAAAGGAAGAUGCCAACAAUCGGAAACAGGACGGCGAGAAGACUCCCGCCCGGCCGAAGGGAGACGACAAGGUCGUGAUCGACGACGAGGAGGCGGAGGACCUGACCUGGUACAGGCACCGCGAGUGGAAGCCCAGCGGCGAGCCGAAGAAGGAUUUCAAGCCCGUCCAGCUCACUGGCGACGCGGCGGCCGCCGCGUCGGCCGCCGACGCCUCCAAGCCUGGCGCCGGAUCUGCUUGGAACACCGCGGGCACGUGGGAGGACAAGGACGUCUCGUCAACAGCAAAGGCGAUGUUGCGCGCGAGGCUGGAAGACUUCCCAUCGGUCGAGGUCUCUGGAGGCACUCUGUCGGUCUCGGAGGUGGAGGCCCUGGACGGCGAAGCCUCCAAGCCGGUAGUUCGGGGAGUCACGCGGCACCUGUGGGACCUCAACCUCAAGCUGAAGCUUGAGUUCAAGUGGAUGGGUUCUGAGGGGCAGCUCUCGGCAGAUGGUACACUCUCCAUCGGAGACUUCAGUCAGAACACCUCCUUCGAGGCCGGGUGCGACUCGCUGAAGGCCCCGGUGGUGGACGUUUCCUUCACAGGGUUGAGCACGGUGGACGCCGGCCGGCGGGUGGCAAUCGAGGACGCCCUGGGCGCGAAGGCCUGGCCCGGCGGCGAGGGCACCCUGCUGGCCGCCCUGGCCGAGAGGAUGCGGCAGUUCUCCGAGGAGUUCGCGCAGGUCCCCUGA